ACCCAGGACCUCCCAUCUCUAGGCCUGGCUCUCAAUCCACUGAGCUACCCAGCUGCCCCCUAAGAGUUUCCAAUAAAUAGCAGAUAGUCCUGGCUCUCCUCCCAACUGGUAGCUUUGAUCCCUCCUCCUGUCUUCAUGUGCACAUCUAUGGCCAGUCCAGUUUGGCAGCUCUGGCCUCUCUGCCUCCCCAGCCCUUAGGCUGUCCUUCCAGGCACCAGAUUCCCAAUGUGCACCCCAGCCGGUGCCCCCAGCUUUCUGGGGCCUCCAGAAUAAAGACUCAGCUCCGGUGGGCAUUCACCACCCUACCCAAGCGGAUGCCUCCCUGCCUUGUGGACAUCCUGGGCUUUCUGGCUUCCUUGCCUUUUACACACACCUCCCCUGGGAAGGCUUUCUCCCUCUGUUUGCCCACUGAAAUUCUACCCAUCUUACAAGUUCCCCCUCGGGGGCCGGGGGCUCCUAUCGCAUUGGGCCUGCAGCUUUCACCCACCUCUGUGGGCACUCUCUGCGCUCUCCCUCCUGGGCUCCGGCCUCCCUCCUCUGGCGAUCCACCAAAAAGUGAAGCCUGGCCCAGGGCUCCUUCGGGGAGGUGCUCACAAGGGCUGAUGGAAUGAAAAAAUGACUGAGGGCCCUUGGGGAGCGUCAGGCCUCAGAGGGGGCCCUGGGAAGCCGGCCAAUGAAGAAGCUUUAUCUGGAGCAGAACACCGAGGCCACAGAGGGUAAAGGAGUGAUCUGAGCUUGGGUUAGAGAAGAACGGGGAAAACGGAGCCAGAGAAAGGGGUGAAGGGACGGGAAGGUGCGGGCAGGCAGAGGUGCCCGGAGCUGCGUCCCCUUUGUCAGUCUGCGAAAGUGGAAGAAGCGCCAUCCUCCCCCCUUCUGAGAUGGGUCCCGAAGGGAGAGCUGGCCAGCCAGCUCAGGGCUUGAGCCUGAGCCAGAGCCCUUCCCACCAGGGCAGCAGCAUCACCUUCCUCUACCACCCCUGCGCUCAUCCCCGGCUGAAGCUCCAGCUUGCCCUUCUGGCCCACGCCUGUGUGUCCCAGCCCGUCCUGACACCUCACCUGGGCCUCACUCAGCAGUGGCCUCUCGUACUGGUUGCUUGGGGGGCAUCCCUUGAGAUGGCAAGAGUAGAGCCAGCCUGGGCGGCCCACUGGUUGAAGAGGAGGCGGAAGAGAAGGGUAAAAAGGAGAGCCCGGCCCACGCCUUCUAGGCCCCUGUGGCCUCACUGGUCCGAGUCCACCCGAGGCAGCGAUCGCCUGUGUCCAAGAGGGAGUGUGCAGGCCCUGGCUACAGCCUUUGCCCUCCGGAGUUGGCGCCCCCCUGGGGAAGGGAUUAAGUCCAGGGGUUCAGAGUACACCCGCGGGGCCAAGAGAAGGGGACUUCGAGCUGCCCUCGGCUCCCUGGCCACAGCGCCGGCCACCAGGGCCCCUCCUCACUCCCAUGGGAUCGGUAAGCCCGUCCCAGACACCCCGGGGGAGGCCGGUGCUCUCCCCAUGGGGUCCAUUGCUCCGUCCAGUGCCCUGUCUCUGAGGGGGCAGCCGGGCUGGAGAGAUGGAGGGAACAAUGACUCCCACCCGGGGCAUGGAAGCCCGGGGGGUUGUACCUGCCCGGGCCAGCCCUCUGCAAGGCCCUGGGCGGCUCCUUCCCGGCCAGCCCGGGCUCCCACUCCCCGCACGGAGGAAGCAGCGUGGGCAGCCACGGCCUUGACUUUCCUGCUGGUGCUUCUCACACUGGCCACGCUCUGCACCCGGCUGCAUCGGAACUGCCGUCGAGGGGAGAGCAUUUACUGGGGGCCGUCGAUGGACAGCCAGGACACGGUGGCAGCGGUGCUGAAGCGGAGGCUGCUGGCCGCAGGGCCCCGAAGACCCAGGCGCUCCCGCCGGAGACCCCUCCUCCCGGCCGUCCCGGCCCCAGCCCGAGGCGGCCUGGGCCCUGACAGCGAAGACAGCUGCAGCGACGACUCUUCGUCCUGAGGAGGGCGGGCUGGGCCGGGGGCGGCCCGGAGCCUGGCUCCUCCCGGCCUGGCCAGGUCUGCCGGCGCGGGGCGGCCCUGCCACGUGGACGGCGCCCUGCUGGGAGCCCCUGCUGGCCUGUCGGGGCGGUGCAAGCCCCACCCCGGGCGUGGCCCGGGCCUCGAUUUCCAAUUAAAUUAUUUUCCUAGA